CGUACCUUUGCACCUUGAACGCUGACACGUUGCCCUUCGCUCGGAGGUAGGCGGCGAGGCGGAGUCAACUCCGCCCCUCUCCCCCGCGUUGAAAGCGUGAUUGGCGAAGUUGUGUUGACAAGUCGCGGAUUAUGAAAGUUGCUGGGUGGGAGCUGGAGCGAAAGCUUCGUAACGACAACUAUGAGCAUUUAGUUGAGAGUCACGUGAACAGCGUUGUAACGGCGGACUGACUCCUGCGGUGAAGUUCGGUCGUCAGUUGGCUCCGUCGACCACACGGUCGGCGUCGAUCCGCCAGCUUAACGUUAGCUAGGUGGCUAACUCUUUAGCUACUCCUACCAGCGGGAAGUUGGCGGACACACCGAUACACGAGAGAGCACAGUUGCUGUUAGAGAGCUGAGAGUGACUUUAAUAACUAUAUUGAAAUGGCUAUGCCCGUUGGCUCUAUGGUAGCAACUUUACAACUUCUCUAAAAGGGGUCCUUUCAACCGUAUGAUGAUGUUUUCGGUGAACUAACGUAUUAAGCGCUGCGUUUGAAGUUGUCCGUUAUCUGGUUACCUUUGAACCAGCCCUCUUACCGUAACUACUUUAAUCACUCCUUUAACUGUACCUUUGCCUCUCUUGGUACCUGGUAGUGCCGAGGGAGUGUCGGCCAUGACAUUAACAUGACCGCUAAACAGGCAUGACAGGUGUCUCUGGAGGGAGGACCAGCACCAUGGAGACACCGGGGAGAACCCCCAUCUUCAACUUUCUCUAUGAAGAGGAAGCCUCGGACCCUUCUGCUCUUCCCUCCACCAUGUCCAUUGCCAAGCUCUUCCCGGCUCUCUUGGAGUGCUUCGGGAUAAUUCUGUGUGGGUACAUCGCAGGAAGGGCAAACAUCAUCACCUCCACCCAGGCAAAAGGAUUGGGGAAUUUCGUGUCAAAGUUUGCCCUCCCAGCGCUGCUGUUCAAGAAUAUGGUACUGCUUGACUUUGGUAAUGUCAUCUGGCCAUUUCUCUGGAGCAUCCUCAUCGCCAAAGUGUCUGUGUUUUUCAUGGUAUGCGUCCUCACGCUGAUUGUUUCCAGUCCUGAGAGUCGCUAUAGUAAAGCUGGGCUCUUCUCAAUAUUUGCCACACAAAGCAAUGACUUUGCUUUGGGAUAUCCUAUUGUUGAAGCCCUAUACCAGAGCACAUACCCAGAGUACCUCCAGUACAUCUACCUGGUUGCACCUGUGUCUCUGAUGCUUCUAAAUCCCAUCGGCUUUGCCUUCUGUGAGAUCCAGAAGUGGAGGGAUCAGGGAAACCACCAGCAGAGUAAACUUCUGAUAGUGGGAAUUGUAGUUUUACAGGUCUUAAAGAACCCUAUAGUAUUCAUGGUGGUCAUCGGCAUCAUCGCCCACUUUGCCCUGCAACAGACAAUUCCUGCUUUCAUGGCUGAAUUUGUGGAUGGCCUGGCCAACUCUUUCGGGGGAGCUGCUCUGUUCUACUUGGGUCUGUCCAUGGUGGGCCAGUUGAGGAAAUUAACCAGAUCCACAGUUGUUACGCUGAUAUUACUCAUUACCGCAAAACUGUUGCUAAUGCCCCUGAUUUGUAAGGACAUGGUAGAUCUGUUGGACAACAGCAACACCAGCACUUUGAACCACUCAAGCCUCUCCAAUUAUGCCUUUCUUUAUGGAGUGUUUCCCACUGCUCCAAGUGUGGCUAUCUAUGCUGUCUAUUAUAACGCGGAGCUAGAAGUUGUGACCUCUGGGAUGGUCAUCAGCACUUUUCUCUCAGCACCAAUAAUGUAUGUUUCUGCCUGGUUACUUACAAUCCAUCAGAUGGAUCCUCAGCUUGUGGUGAACUCACUGCAGAAUAUCAGCUUUAACAUAAGUAUAGUGAGUUUAGUUGCACUGGUUUGGACAAUUGCUGUCAUGUUUUUAAGUAAGAAAUUCAAGAGGCUACCUCACAUGUUUACCGUCAACCUUUUCUUGGCACAGUUUCUAACUUGUGUUGGGAUGAUCCUGUGGAACUUUGUGGAGAAGGAAGACAACUUGAUCGGGCAGGUCCUGACUUUCGCAUUAUUAUGUACCUCACUCUACAGUACUUAUGUGUGGCCAGGUUUAAUAGCACUCUCACUUGUGCUCAUGAAAAGGUUUGAGGAGCUGAAAGUUUCAGCAGGCAUGUUAGUCAUUGCAGGCUGGGGGAUUCCAGCCUUAGUAACUGCAUUGUUGCUCAUUUCGGGAGAAACAAUGUCUGCCACUGUCGACUCAACGUCCUUUUAUGGCAAACCACAGAUAAUCUGCACCACAGUUGUAGUUGCCUUCAGCAUACUGCUGGGAGGGGGCUCACUUGUGUGUCUCAGUAGAGGAAGCUGGGCCCAGAAUGACCAAAUUCAAGAGGGAAACUCUCCAUCUGGCACUGCAGAGGAUCUUGUGACUGAAGUUGAACCAGAAAACCAAAUGCUGGUUGAGCCAGCCGCCCCAUCAGGAGAUCUUAACAGAGGUACUUUCACUCAUGGUCAGUGUGAGAAUAGGUGUGAGUCAACAGAUUGCCUGCUUGUCCAGGUGGAAGAGCUCCAACAGGUUGCAGAUAGACAAGUGGCCCGUCAUGUGCUCUUAUGUCUGCUUCUGACUGUCAGCUUGCUUGCUAACUUGUCCAGCUGCCUGUGGUUACUCUUUAACCGCAUCCCUGGUAGACUCUACUUGGAGUUGCAGUUCUUCUGUGCUGUGGCCAACUAUGGACAGGGUUUUCUCUCCUUCGCUCUGUUUGGGCUGGACAAGCAUUUGAUUAUAUUACCAUUUAAGAAGAGGUUAUACAAUCUAUGGUAUGGACAGAAGCAAGAAGAGCAGCUGCAGAGUGAUUUGCCUGAAGAUAUCAGAAUGACCUGCACCCAGUUCACCAAAUACCACAAGGACCAAUGUUGUCAUGACAUUGUUAAAAAGAGAAGGUGUGGAAAGAGGACGAGGGUGGACUGUUUUCUUGGCUGUGAACUUGUGGAGUGGCUCCAGCAGGUGGGCUUGGCUCAAGACCAUGGUGAGGCAGUACUCUACGGGAUGCGGUUACAGCAGGGUGGUGUGCUCCAGCACAUCAAGCAGGAAUAUGACUUCCAAGACAGCAGCUUUUAUUACUGCUUCAUGACAUAACACAAAAAGGUCAAAACCAUUUAUUUUGAGGUGAAACUGAGAGGUGGGAGUAGCAGAAGUGGCAGUUAUAAUCUCUGUGGAAAAACUACACAUGCAACUACGGCUUAGUAAAGUGCAUUAGAUUUUAAGUCAGUCUUCAAAUUCUUAAAUUCUAAAUGUCAAGAACAGACAGACUAGGUAGUAAUUUUAAGAUCUGCCAGUUUCUCUUGCAAGUAAAUAUGGUACACUGGUAGUUUAUUUACAUGUCUGUCUGUGUUCCUGAUUGACUUUUGCAGUGAUAUCGCUGCAUCCUUUAAUCUGCAACAAAGCUGUUUAGUAAAAUAUUAACAUAAAUGAUAGGAGUGAUGGCUACAGCUACAAAACUAAGACUCAAGAUGUUUUGUUUAUCAUGCAUUUUCAAGAAUAACAUAAAUAACAGGCAUUUCUAAUCCUUAGGGGUGGUACAAGACUUGCAUCAUUUUUUAUGCAGUAAAUACGUGCACAUGGAACUUUCAGUAGUUUUAUUUUAGUCAUUAUGUGAGCAAUAAUCCACAAAGAGGUGCCCUCAUAUACCAAAGUAGAGAUGCAGGCAAAAGCUUCCUGUCAUCCACUGAAUGCAUUUUGU